AAAAAUUUUAUCAGUAGCCAAUAGCAUGCUAUUGGGUAGGAACAAAGUCGCAGAAUUUGAGUAAAUUUGCGAGUGCUUGACAGGGUUGAUAACAGUGGUUCGGAAGUUGCUGAUAAUUAAUAAAACCUAUAAAAUUCGUCAUGGCAUCUUGGAUACCAUUGGAAUCAAAUCCAGACUUUUUGCACAAAUUAGGUGUACCAAAGGAAUGGAGUAUUGUUGACGUUUAUGGAUUAGAACCUGAUUUACUGGCACUUGUUCCAAAACCAGUCCUUGCUGUCAUUUUGCUGUAUCCUUUACGUAAAGAGGGUGGCAAUGGUUUAGAAAGUGAGGAUGACAUUAAGGAAAGUGAUACGAGUGCUACAAGUCCUAAAGAUCCAUCAGUUUACCAUAUGAAACAAUAUAUUCAUAACGCUUGUGGCACAAUUGCAAUAAUACACAGUAUUGCAAAUAAUUUAGAUCGUAUAAAUCUUCAAGAUGGUUUUUUAAAAACUUUUCUGACUGAUUCAAAAAACCUUUCCUUUAUGGAACGUGGAGAACUUUUAAUGAAGUCACAGGAGAUUAGUAAUACACACGAAGAAUUGGCACAUGAAGGACAAACAGAGGUACCAAGUCAAGAAACACCAAUUUAUCACCAUUUUGUAGCAUUUAUACAAAGAAAUGGAGUUUUAUAUGAAUUAGAUGGACGUAAAUCUGGUCCUAUUGAGCAUGGUGCAACUAGUCCAGAAACAUUAUUAGAAGAUGCAGCACGUGUUUGUCAAGAAUAUAUGGCACGUGAUCCAGAAGAAGUAUGUUUUACAGUCGUCGCUCUUGUCAAUAGUGAUUCAGAAUCAUUUUGACUUAAUGUGUAAGGUGUAAUGUAUACAUUUUGAAACAAUUUUUUAAAUAAUUUAUUUUCUAUAUAUACAUAUCCAUCUGCCUCUUUAAUUUGCAUUUAUUAACAUUUGCUUGUUACUAUAUUGUAAUACGUGUAUUCAUAAAAUAAGCACAUGUUUAUAAGAAUUUGUCUUACUGCUUUGAAUAAAUAUAAUCUUCUUUAGAUACGAGUUUGAAUAACGAAAAUAUGAAAAGUAUUUUAAAGCAAGCACAAUGAAGCGAUAUUCAAAUGUGUUUAUUUACAAAAGAAUUGAGUAUGAUUCAGGUCACAAUUUUUAUACAUUUUUAAAAAUUAAGAUUUCGAUAAUUUAAUAAAGAGUAAGGAUAUUGAGUAAAUAAAUUUAAUCAAUAUUGUGAUAUCAUAUACAGGGCUGUAUAUUACUUGUUAGGAGUAAUUCUUAUUUUUUAAGUUUGAAAAUCGAUCAUAUGCGGAUUGCGAUCAUACGAUUGCUUAUAUUUUCAGUCUCAAUUAUGAGUACGUACAAUUUUUCGUAUUUUUAUAUGUUAUAAAUAUGUAUUAGAUAUUUUUCAUGUGCUCAGAAUAGUCGAUAUGUUUCAAAUUAAAUUUUGUAUAAAAUUAACAAAGAGAUCUGUCUACGACAAUAAUCAAUAAAUGUAUACAGACGAUAUAUUUUUAAAAUACAUAUUUUUUCACAGAAGUCCGAUAAUUCAUAGAGGUAAAAUACCUUUGUUUCCCCUAUCAUCGGAGGUUGCAAAACUUGUCGGUCACUGACCAGAAGCUAGCAAAAGCCUUAGUUAUUUUAGAUCCUCUUCCGAGAGAGAGCAUCUUGGCACAACUCUCUAAAUAGUCGCUUUAAAACACGAAAUAAAAUAGAAAUGUAGGCCUCUGCAAUUACUUGUUUGCUGUAUUUCAUU